AUGGACGAGGUCAACGGGCCAUGGCCUGUGGAUGCAGGCUGCCUACCCGAGCGUCUUCCUCGAGACUCGACUAUGGCACGGCCAGGCUUGAUCUCCCUGCCCGACCUCCCCUCGGAGCUCAUCAACUACAUUCUUUCUUACCUGUCGCCUUUCGACCUCGUUUCCGUCUCCCUCACGAACCACGUGCUCAGAGCCCACUCUCUUGUCGACCACUUGUGGCAGGAUCUUGUCCAGUCUAACGUGCCUGGCAUCAGGCUCACGACCCCGGGCCCAUGUGCAUCUUUCCGAGAGCUAUACAUCGCACACGAUCCGCGCUGGUUCCUCACAAAAUACAAGGUCUGGUUUUGCGACCGGGACCUGACCGGGAAGCUGGUCAUUAUUCGCUACGAUGAGCGUCGCGGCGUCAUCGAGGGCUAUCAACUCUUGGCCAACCGGCCGAUAGCUUCCACCAACACCAGCCACCAGAGCUUGAGCGAGCAGGAGCUUGUCAUCCACGAGUUUGAGCCAGAACUGAAGUUGCACCUGGACAAGCCUGUGCUGCAGAUGAGGGCCAACAGUCUUGAAAAUGCCAUCCGCGCUACUACCGGGAGGUCGCCAGCACCCUCUUACAAGAUCCCUUCCAGCACAGUCCCUUGGCCCAGCGGCUUCUCGUCAGCCGUGGACCAGGCCUCAACAAGUACCCACCUCAACCGGUUCUCCGCGGAAACUCCCAUGCCGCUGGACAACAGGUUCACUGACACUAUGUUCAACACCUUCAUACUGGCUCGCUCUCUCCCAGAGACUCUAGCCAACGAGCGCCAGCUCCUACCUUUUCCUUAUGGUAAUACCUGGCCGCCCCCCGCCAUUCCCGCCCCCAGCAGGGUAUCUGCAGGCGACCUGAUCGGCCCUGAAGAUAGGCCUACAACCAGGGCUGAGAUCAACGAAAGGUCGUUCAGAAUCCGCUCGUGGAUAGAAAUGCGGCCCGCUGGGCUGCGUGGGGUGUCGAUGGGCUGGAUCGGGCCCUCUCUUCUCGGGGACAACGACUGGCCCGCUAACAACGCUGUCUUUGGACAGGCUUCUCGGGCCUGGUUGUCGAAUUACAUCCCCGGGAUGCACCCCUCCAUGAGUACGCACAUCGGCGACCAGAUUACCACGUAUUCGACUCUGGACCCUGAACUAUAUACCCCGACCACCGACCAGCCCUGGAAGGGGAUAUGGGUAGGUGAUUAUAGCGCUCACGGGUGCGAGUUUCUGCUCAUUACCCAGACUCACUUAACCCAAUUUGACGAGACGGCCUUUGAUGCGACGCGGGCCGAAGAUGAGUCUUCCGCAGAGUUCGAACAGCGUAAGACGGACGCCAGAAGAUUUCGUGGCCGCCUUGAGGCUGUCAAGCUGACCGGGGACCCCAACGUGCCCCGCGGUGAAUGCACCUUUGUAGCGGAAGACCUUGGCGAUGAAGGAUUUGUGACUAUGAUCGACGAGGAGCCUUUCAGGGACAAGUACAUCAGGUCCCAGUUGCUCCUGAUUUCUGAGAGCAGGCUGGCCCAGUACUGGGUUGGGUUUGGUCAUAUCAGUUUCUUUGAGAAGGUUGACAUCGACCAAUUUCUGGCGAUGAUGCUGCACCUCCUCAGGGCUUCGGGGUGCCGUUUUCAGAAGCGUUGCUUCACCCCAGCCGACCUGUCCAGUAUGCGCUAG